AAUUCCGCCAUUACCAAUUCUUCCAAAGAAACUAGAAACAAACCCAAUCGAAAUUCUCCACUCUGCAUAAGAAUCAAUUCUACAAGAGAAAAACAUAAAUGGGUUUCUCCAUAACCGCAAAUCCAUCAACCUCAAUGAGCCGAUCCCAUUACCACACUCACAAGCUCUUCCUCUACACAAAUUACAUCCUCCUCGGCGCCGCCUCGAGCUGCAUUUUCCUCACUCUCUCUCUGCGUCUCCUCCCCUCUCUCUGUGGCCUCUCUCUCAUCUUCCUCCACAUCCUCACCAUCGCGGCUGCCGUCUCCGGUUGCGCCAUGGCCGCCGCUGCUUCGGCUCGAUGGUUCGGUGUCCACAUGGUGUUCACCGUCCUGACGGCGAUAUUCCAAGGAUCGGUGGCGAUGUUGGUGUUCACAAGAACAGGGGAUUUUCUGUGGGAGCUGAAAUCUUAUGUUAGAGAAGAAGAUGGGGCUGUGAUUUUGAAAUUGGCUGGUGGAUUGAGUGUGGUUAUGUUUGUUUUGGAAUGGGUUGUUCUUACUUUGGCUUUCUUUUUGAAGUAUUAUGCGUUUGUGGAAGGUGAAGGGAGUAAUAGUAGCAAUGGUGUGGGAAUGAGGAGUGCUAAAGUUCAGCAGGAUGAGGAUUUGAAAGAUUGGCCAUGGCCUUUUCAAGUUUAAUUAGGUUUCUUUUUUAGUGUAUUUGUGAUUCUUUAGUUGGAAUUAUAUAAUAUUUGUGUAUGUGGGUUGUUUUUGUUGUGGGUUUUGAGAGAUAUGUGGAAAUUUCUUAAGUGAAAUGUUGGUGAAUUAAGCUUAUAAUAUGAUGAUGCUCUGUAUUAUGUGAUGACUCUUUGUUCUUGGGAA